AUGGAUAUAAUGCCAUCAGCAAACAAGACCAAAAUCAGCGCUGACACCUUGAAAGAUGUAUAUAUUGGAAAAAUGGUCAAGGUAUCUGGUGAAGACGAUCGCUGGUCACUAUUCUCAUUACAUAAUGACUUCGGACGAUGUAUCGAAUUGAAAUUUGUCGACAAAAUGAGGCGUCAAUUCGAGUUUUCCGUCGAUUCAUUUCAAAUCACCUUGGAUCCGCUAUUGGACGAUUUUAACGCCCCGAAUGCUAAAGUCUACAUCGAGAGCAUGUUCGGCGAUGUACAUCAGGCAAUGUCUCAUCUGCAUGAACGACUAAUCGACACUCGCCGACCAGAAGAGAUUCGAGGUGGAGGACUACUUAAAUAUUGUCACCUACUUACGAGGGGCUACAAAGCAGCUCGACCGGCGAAAUGCAGGCAGCUUGAGAGGUAUAUGUGCUCUCGUUUCUUCAUCGAUUUCCCUGAUGUGGUUAGCCAAGAGCAAAAGCUACGCAACUAUUUGGACAACCACUUCGGAUGGAACAAUGACCAGGUUAGUUGUUUUCCCACUUCUUGAUU